CGAUGCCCUUGAUGCCUCCGUCCAUAUAAAACCCUAAUUGUCCGGAGAGGAGACAGGCUGAGCCAGCGAUUUGGUCUUCUCUCGCUCUGGUUUUUUUUUGGUAGAUCUCUCUCUCUCUCCCCCUGUUUGAUCUCCUCUGCUCUUCAAUCUCGAAACCGAAACCGAAACCGAAACCAUGGCGGAUCAGCUCACAGACUAUCAGAUCUCUGCUUUUCAAGUUUCUGCUUUCAAUAACCACUUCAGCCCGCUGAUUGAGAAGUGAGGAUUUGAGAAGAUUAGUAGAAGAAAACCCUAAUCGCCGUCCGCCGUUGUGAAGGACUGACCCUUCAGGCUUGAUCCUUUCUUGUGGGCGGCAAGUGUCUUAAAAUUUGGAAUCAGAUUGCAGAUAUUGAUCUUUUAUUUGGUUGUGGAAUAGAGGGUUUGGAGGAGAGUUGGUGCCUUUAAAGAGGAGAGAGGUAACAAAUUCACGUGGAUGAUUCUGUGAUCUUAUCCCUUGCUGCUUGGGAAGGAAAAAUAAAAUGUUGGGCGCAUUGCCAAUCUUGCCUCUGCCGGCACCUCCUUUAGAUGGAAAUCUUGGUCCCCUCCCACCUUCACAAGUCUCAGAUAAGACACAGAAUGAGGCACCGACUGCUGAUGAACAGAACAAGGCAAACUCAGCUCCUGUUUCUGUUGCCACUCACACGAGAACUAUAGGGAUUAUCCAUCCUCCUCCUGAUAUUAGGACUAUUGUUGACAAAACUGCACAGUUUGUUGCUAAAAAUGGGCCUGAAUUUGAGAAAAGGAUUAUAGCAAAUAAUGCAGGUAAUGCAAAGUUCAACUUCUUGAACAGCUCUGAUCCUUACCAUGCAUAUUACCAGCAUCGUCUCUCAGAGUUCAGAACCCAGAUUCAAGCUUCUUCCCAACAGCAACCACCUUCACAGCCUGCAGAUUCAGCUGCUCCUGAAGCUGCUCCGGUUGCUCCACCUUCUGAAGGCAGUGAACCAGCUGCUAAGCCUGAUCUAUUGGCCCAAUUUAAACCUGUACGUAAAGUGCUUGAGCCACCUGAGGCUGAGCAGUAUACUGUUAGGCUUCCAGAAGGGAUUACAGGUGAGGAGCUGGAUAUUAUAAAGCUUACUGCCCAGUUUGUAGCUCGAAAUGGGAAAUCAUUCUUGACUGGGUUAACUAGUAGAGAGAUUAACAACCCCCAGUUUCAUUUCCUGAAGCCAACUCAUAGUAUGUUCAUGUUCUUUACUGCACUUGCGGAUGCCUAUUCAAAAGUUUUGAUGCCUCCAAAGGGAUUGACAGAGAAGCUGAGGAAUAGUGUUACCAAUAUGACUACUGUUCUUGAACGUUGCUUGCAUCGGCUAGAGUGGGAACGGUCACAAGAACAGGCAAGGCAGAAAGCUGAAGAUGAGAUUGAGCAGGAGCGAAUACAGAUGGCAAUGAUUGAUUGGCAUGACUUUGUUGUUGUGGAGACUAUAGAAUUUGCAGAUGAUGAGGAUGAGGAGUUACCCCCUCCUAUGACCUUGGAGGAAGUUAUAAGGAGGAGCAAGAUGUCAGCCAUGGAAGAGGAAGUAGAGGUUGCUGAGCCUGUUAAGGAUGAAGAAAUGGAAAUGGAUGAAGUAGAAAUGCAUCUUGUUGAAGAAGGAAUGAAAGCUGCUAGUAUUGAAGAGAAUGAAGAUGAGAAGAAAAAUGAUGCUAAAGCAGCUCCUGAGGAACCAGAACCACCCAUGAGGAUUGUGAAGAACUGGAAGAGACCUGAGGAGAGGAUUCCUGCAGAAAGAGACCCAACAAAGUUUGUCAUCUCUCCAAUCACAGGGGAACUGGUUCCCAUUAAUGAGAUGGCAGAACAUAUGCGAAUUUCCCUUAUUGAUCCCAAGUACAAGGAGCAAAAAGAGAGGAUGAUGGCCAAGAUUCGAGAGACAACCCUUGCUCAGGAUGAUGAGAUAUCAAGAAAUAUUGUAGGUCUUGCACGAACACGUCCUGAUAUCUUUGGGACUACAGAAGAAGAAGUUUCUAAUGCUGUUAAGGCAGAGAUAGAAAAGAAGAAAGAGGAACAACCAAAGCAGGUCAUAUGGGAUGGCCAUACUGGAAGCAUCGGGCGUACUGCAAACCAGGCUAUGUCUCAGAAUCUUUCAGGAGAUGAUCAAAGUGAUACAAUUAAUAACGAGUCAAGGCCCCUUCCUGGUCCUGCUGCCCCACCUCCUAAGCCUGGUCUACCAUCAGUUCGUCCUCUUCCUCCUCCACCUGGACUAUUACUAAAUAUUCCUCGUCCACCAAAUGCUGUCCAAUAUUCUGCGCCAACUAGUAGUGGGAUACUUGCCCCUCCACUAAGGCCUCAUGUGAUCCCAAUGAUUCCAUCAGUUAGGCCGCCUCCUAUGCACAUGACAUCUGGAGGACAACCAAUUAUGGUGAGACCACCCCCUCCUCCCCCAUCAGUUUCUUUGAACCCUCCCAGUAUUCCUGUACCACCUCCGCCUGGGUCGCAGUUCACUCCUUUGGCUGUUCCUCGGCCUUAUGUCCCUCUUCCUAUUCCACCACCUGCUAUGCCUAUUAUCCCACCACCCCCCUUGCCGCAAGGAAUGCCUCCACCGCCACCACCUGAGGAAGCUCCUCCACCACUUCCUGAUGAACCGGAGCCAAAAAGGCAGAAGGUUGAUGAUUCUCUGCUUAUUCCCGAGGACCAGUUCUUGGCUCAACAUCCGGGACCUGUCCACAUUACUGUAUCUGUUCCUAAUAUUGAUGAAGGGAAUCUUAAAGGGCAGCUUUUGGAGAUCACCAUCCAGUCUUUAUCUGAAACUGUCUCCAGUCUGAAGGAGAAGAUUGCAGGAGAGGUUCAGUUACCUGCAAACAAACAGAAACUGAGUGGAAGAGCUGGGUUUCUUAAGGACAACUUGUCACUUGCAUAUUACAACAUUGGAGCAGGAGAAACACUAGCACUCUCAUUAAGGGAACGUGGUGGCAGAAAGAGAUAAAAUCAUUUCCAUUGGAUAGGCAUGAAAAGUUGAGCUUGCAACUUUGUUGUUACAACGAAAGUUCUCCAUUAGAAUAUUGGUGGAUUAUGACUUUAUGAUUUUGAUGUUCUAUCGAAAAUUAAGUUUACCUUUAUUUCUAGGA